AUGCUCGCCUCAAGGACUACUGCUCGACUUGGCUGGAAGGGGGUGCGGCUGCCUCGUCCCCGUCACCUUCAUGACCUCAGAAGCCACCCUCAAAGCAGGUUCUUGAGGGUAUCGGAGGAGGUCCGCGAUGCUGUUGCGACAGGUAAACCAGUUGUCGCUCUUGAGACGACAAUUUAUACUCACGGUUUCCCUUACCCCGAGAACGUCGCCCUCGCGUCGCUGUUGGAAUCCGUUGUUCGCGAGAACGGUGGAGUCCCUGCGACGAUAGGCAUUCUCGGAGGUGUUGCCCAGGUUGGCAUGAGUUCCGAAGAUAUUGUCGAGCUGGCCUCGACUGUAGAGCAGAAAAGCGCUCUGAAAGUUUCCCGCAGGGAUCUUGGGUACAUUUGCGGUUUGGUAGGCUGGCGAUCCCUCAAGAAGCACGAGAAAAAGCAACUAAAAGAUCUACAGGGCAUGGCUGGAAAGAAGAUUCAUGGCGGUACAACCAUAUCUGGCACAAUGAUUCUCUCAGAGCUCGCUGGGAUCAAGAUCUUCGGUACCGGAGGCCUAGGUGGUGUCCACCGUGGAGGCGAGAACUCCAUGGAUAUUUCUGCCGAUCUCACGGAGCUGGGACGUACUCCAGUUACCGUCAUUAGUUCCGGGUCUAAGAGCUUCCUCGAUAUUCCUCGUACGCUUGAGUACCUCGAGACCGAGGGAGUCUGCGUGGGAACCUUUGCCGAUGGCCGCGAGGGCUCGGUCGACUUCCCCGGUUUCUUCACGCGAGAUAGCGGAGUCCGCAGCCCGCGGGUCAUCCAAGAUGAGGCCGAAGCCGCCGCUAUCGUUUAUGCGCAAUCGAAGCUUCCAGUUGUUUCAGGCAUCCUUUUCGCCAACCCUGUGCCAUUGGAGCACUCCGUUCCCAAGUCAGAAAUGGACCGUGUCAUUGAGGAAGCUAUCCGUCUCGCCGAUGUAGAGGGAUACACGGGCAGCGAUAACACCCCCUUUGUGUUGGCUAAGAUCAAGGAGCUCAGCGGUUCGAAGAGUCUGGUCGCCAAUCGCUCUCUGGUUGAGUCGAAUGUCAAGCGCGCAACGCGGGUGGCUGUGGAGCUGGCCAAACUCGAGGAACUUGACCGGGGAUAUGCGGCUCGACACAUGCCCGCUAUUCCGAGCAUUGCUCGGUCCAACAAAGAUGUCCCCACCCCCCAGCCAAUCCCCCCACCAAUCAGUCCAGCUUCAUCUCCAAAUCUGCCAGAAAAGGCAGACAUCGUGGUGGCUGGAUCUCUUGCAAUCGAUUUGUCCUGCGACUAUACUCCCUUCGGUCAUGAGCUCGCCCAGGUUGCGCCCGUGCCGCAAACAUCUAAUCCAGCCGUCAUCGGGCAGAGCCUCGGUGGCGUCGGCCACAACGUCGCGGUUGCAGCCAGCGCUGUCGGCAGUGAGGUCCUCUUCUGUAGCGUGGUGGCAGAUGAUCUGAGCGGGCGGUCGGCACUUGCGUCCCUCGAAGAGAAAGGGCUGAGCAAAGCCGGCAUUCAGAUCCUCCCUGCGACAGCUGGCACGCGAACAGCACAGUACGUUGCUAUCAACGACGCCAAAAAAGAUCUUCUCGUCGCCAUGGCCGAUAUGGGCAUCAUCGAGCUCCCCGAGCACCAGCUCGACUUUGACGGGUUCUGGGAGCCAUUGAUUGAACGCACAAAACCGCGAUGGGUGGUCGUCGACGCGAAUUGGCGCCCUGAAGUCCUAGCAAAAUGGGCGGAUGUUGCUCAAAAGCAUGGUGCUCGCGUGGCAUUUGAGCCUGUAUCGACUGCCAAAUCCCGUCGUCUGUUUGACCGCGACGUCAGUGGUGCCGGUGCAGCCAUUAACCCUGCACGAACUGUUCCUAACAAUGCUAUCAGCCUUGCUUGCCCUAAUAGAUAUGAGCUAUCGGCUAUGCACAUGGCUGCGCGCGACACUCUUCUCUUCGACUCGCCGGGCUGGUGGAGUAUCAUCGACGCGAUGGGACUGUCGCCGACAGGGUCACGCCAGCGUCUUGUCAUGGCGACCUCGGCCAAGCUGGUUGACGAAGGUCUGCCCCAGCAGUCCAUCCAAUUCCUUCCCUUCAUUCCCUGCAUCAUCACCAAGCUUGGUGAAGACGGUGCUCUUCUGACCCAGCUUCUGCCACCAAAUGAUCCGCGACUGACAGACCCUGAGUCCGCACCUUAUAUAUUGGGUCGCACAUCAUCCGCUGAGGUGCCAUUCGGCGGCGUUUAUAUGCGUCUUUUCCCACCUGCUGCUACGUUAGCUCCUGAAGAGAUAGUCAGCGUCAAUGGUGCAGGUGAUACCCUGCUGGGUGUUUUGGUUGCUGGUCUCGCCAGGGCCGACUCGCCAUCGCGCAUCGAGGACAUCCUUCCUGUGGCGCAGGAGGCGAGCCGGAGGACACUGAUGAGUGCUGGGGGUGUGAGUAAAGACCUGGUUGGAUUGCAAGCUAGACUGGGCCUGAAGAAGUAG